GUACAUGCAAGUUGUUUGAGGAAUUGCCAUGAAAAAAGUAGAAUUCAAACUGCACUGUAACUUCAAUAUGUGGCAUGAAGCAAGAAAACAAGAAAAGAAGAUAAGAGGAAUUAUGGUAGACUACAAGAAAAGAGCUGAAAGGAGGAGAGAAUAUUAUGAAAAAAUUAAAUUAGAUCCAGCACAGUUUUUGCAAGUUCAUGGCCGACCUUGUAAGAUUCAUUUAGAUCCUACUGUGGCCCAAGCUGCUGACAGCCCUGCCACCAUGAUGCCCUGGCAAGGCCAGACUGACACAAUGAUCGACAGGUUUGAUGUCAGAGCUCACCUUGAUCACAUCACUGAAUACAUAUCUCCUGUUGAGUCUAUCAGGCUUUCUGAAGGAGAAAUGGAAGAAGAAAGACUGAUUAAUUAUGAAAGAUACCGUACACUGGUUCAAAAUGAAUUUUUAGGAGUUACUGAAGAUAAGUUCUUACAUCAGAUUUACCUGGAAGAAAGGUUUGGACCUAUUAUUAAACCAGGAGUUGAAGAGGAAAAGAAAAAAUUAGCUGAAAAGAAGGUUGCUAUAGGAUAUACAUAUGAGGACAGUACUCCUCAAGCAUCAACUUUCACCAGAAAAGAUGAGGAAGAAGAAGAAGAAGAGAAAGACGAUGAUGAUGAUGAUUUGAGUGACAUUGACUUAGAUGUUGGAAUUAAUGUUGAAGAGUUGACUGUGGAGCAGUGUACUGAGAUGAAUGCCUGUUCCACAAAAUAUGGCAUGAAAGGAAAUGAUUACAUCAGUUUUCUGCAUGAGGAUAGAGAAGAAGCAGAACAGAUUCGGCAGGCUAGAGAACUGGAAGAAGAAAAGGCUCUGUAUUCUGGAAGAAAGUCACGUCGAAAAAGACGAGCUCUUCGAGAGAAGGAACUUCAAGGAAGAAGAAUAACUAGUCCUCCAAGUUAUGCUGCGAGAGAGAGUCCAACAUACAAGCCAUAUGCAAAAUCUCACUCCAGCUCACGCUCUCGGUCACGAUCUCCCAUCAAUGCUGGAGAAAUAACCUACAUUACCAGUUUUGGUGGAGAAGGAACAGAUGAGGACCGUGGAAGAGCAUCGGGAUUAUCUAAACAGAAGAGAUCUUCCACCACCCGUAGACACCAUCAUUCAGGGUCCAAGUCUGGCAAACACUCAGACAGGAACUCUCGGUCUCAGAAGAAAGACUCUCCAGCCAGGAAAAUCAUAGGACCUGAUCUACCAAGUGGUAGAUCUCAUAGAGGAAGGAGGUCACAUAAUUCACGCUCGCCUUCAAGGUCCUCAAGGCACUCUUCAGCAAGUUCUUGGUCGUCUCGAAGUUCAUCCAGGCACCACCGGAGAAAGCAUAAAGUUUGGAGGCGAGAUGAAACAAGAAAUAGACAUAGACGAACUAAUAGAAGGAGGUCUCGUUCUAGAUCAUCAUCUUACAGCUCUCGGUCUAGAUCAAGGUCUCGUAAUCAAAGAAGAAGAAGAAGAAAAAGUAUCUCUACUUCUAGAUCCAGAUCACACUCUCGAACAAGGUGGAGAUCGAGGUCUAAAUCUUCUUCUCGUUCACGAUCAAACAUAAAGCACAAAGGGCAAUCAAAUUCUAAGUCUCGUUCAAAGACUCCAACUCGUGAUUCACAAGAAGACCAACCAGUAAAGUUACCAAGUCCGCCACGUAAGACUUACUAUCGUCCCAGCUUGUCUCGUUCUGGCAGUGAAUUGUCAGAAACCAGUGAUACUGAAAUAUCUGACAAGUCCAGCACCAAAAUGUCUACAAUACCGGGAGCCAAACCUGUUCCCACACUGGGUAAAGCUGUUCCUGCCACCAAACAGUCGAAGCUGACUCCACAAGAAAAACUUAAACGAAAAAUGCAAGCUUUACUUAAUAAGCAGUAUAAAGCUGAUAAACGAGCACAACAGGAGAAACAAGAAAAACAAGAGCAAGAGAGACAGGACAGGGCUGAGGAGCUUCGGGAAAUGGCCAUCCGGCUAAGACAAAAGGAACGAGAAAAGAGACACAGACAACGUGAACAUGACGGAGACAUAGAUAGUGAAGACAGCUUAAGUUUUCCUUCCCGACAUGACGUGGAUACAAGAGAUGAUACUGAAAAACCAUCUUAUAAUAGGUCUCCUGAUAAUCGUGAUUCUUCCAGUCCUCCAAGUCGGAGCCGUGGUACUACAAUUCAGAAGCAACGUACAGUUGACUAUCCUGGUGGACGAAGUCAUCGACAAAGCAGGAGGCGUAGUCGUAGUCGUUCUUGCGGUAGAUCAAGUAGUAAAAAUCAGCAACAUAAAUUUAGUGAAGUACACAACCGGAAAGUAAACAGAGAUAGAUCAAGAUCACGCUCCAGGUCAGGUUCAAGACCUACAACUUUAAGACCACUGGUAGAUUAUUAAUUUUCAUAAAACUAUGUUCUUUAUUUGAUUGUUUUCUAAUUAAAUCAAUAAAACCAUGCUUUCUUUGGCUUGUAUUAGCAGAACCGUAUUUCUUUUGGUUUAUGAUGAUGUUGGCAAAACCUUACACCUGAUUUAUGUCAACAUUAACAGAACAUUUAUGUUUUGGGGCAUUUACAGUAGGUUCGAAACUUUGUAUCUUCUGAUUUAUGUCAACAUUAACAGAACAUAUAUGUUUUGGGGCAUUAUUAGUAAGUUCAGAACCUUGUAUCUUCUGAUUUAUGUCAACAUUAACAGAACAUUUAUGUUUUGGGGCAUUAUCAGUAGGUUCAAAACUUUGUAUCUUCUGAUUUGUAUCACCAGUGAAAUUUUAUGCUGGUUUAUAUCAACAUAAACAAUUCCUUAUCUGAUAUAUUAUUCAUCAUGUUGUUUUGUCAACACUUAACAGAGCUUUGUAUUCUGACGUAUAUUAUCAAGACCUUAUUUUUGUUUAUUUAUAUUGCUAAUAGCUGAAUCUUGUUUCUUCUGAUUUCAGCAUCUGCAGAACUUCAUUUAUUUUAUUGUUUCUACUGGUUUAUAUCAGUGUUAAAACCUAAAACCUUCUGGUUUACAUCAUCAUCAAGAAAACUUUAUUUUAUUUUUCUCUCCCACUGUUUCUUAACAUUUUUAUACAGCAUUUAAUUUUUCAUUUGUACAUUACAGCAUUGUCAAAAGAAGUUUGUGUAAAUUUGAUAAGACAACAUCAAAAUAGUCUUAACUAUUUUGUAUUCGUAACACGAAAACCAUAAACAAAACUGUAAACUGGCUCGUAGUUUUUACAAUAAACUUUUGCAUUUUGAUUUAUAUUAUUAUUAAAACUUGAAAUAAAUUGGUUAUCAUGAACAUAAGGUAGCUUGGACAUUUUACAGAAAACACUGUUAGCAAAGUAUGUGUGGAAUAAAAUAUGUCAUCCUCAAGACAACUUUGCUAUCUUGUACCUCCAGAAACACAUUUAAUGUGGCUUGGUUUAAAUCAUCAUGAAUUCAAGUUUAAGUUACCUUAUAAUUAUAUAUAUUAAAAACAUCAAUAUCAAUAAAACUUGAUUUGAAUGGGAUAUGUUGUUACCUACUGCAUCUGUAGCUAGCUUGAAUGUUCUGUGUGAAGCAUCAUUAUAACUCGGUUUGUGUUGGAUAAGUCAUAUACUCAUAACCUUAAGCUAGCAUGUUUCUUUCAUCGGAAAUAUCAUAGGCAGAACCUUGAGUUAGGUAUAUAUAAUCAUUAUUAGAAACAUUCGACUGAUUUGAGUUUUCACCAAUGAAUUGUGCAUAACUUGGUUUUUGCCAAUUAAAUGUUUAAUAUUUUUUGUAUUUAAAUUAGAGGCCUGUUAUAUGUAGUAACAGUUGUAUGAGAUUGCAGAUAUUUUUUUUUCCACAUUCCUGUUAAUUAGUUCAUUACAGGUUUCAAGUCAGUCACAAUUUGUAAAAAUAGCACAUCAGAUUUGUCUUAUGUCUGCCACAAUUAACUGCCCAAAAGGUUUUUUUUGUUCAAUUCCAGAACCAGUUGGUUGAUCUAGAGUUUGAUGGCAACCAGAAGACUAUAUAGAUGCUGUUUUACAUGCACUAUGUCAAAUAUUAAAUGUUGAAAUUUGAUAGAGCAGUGGAACCAUUUAGGCUCAGUAUUUGAUAAACUAAAUUGAAGUAUAUUUUGAAAUACUUUUUUUUCGUAUAUCUUACGUGAUUAUAUCCAUAAUGGACUAACUAAGAAAAAUGUGAAGAAAAGCAUUCUAGCAUGUUUUAAUACAGCAAAUAUUAAGCCCAUUAGUGUUUAACACUGUAAUAUAACAGUAAUUAGCUUACAACAUCUAAAACUAGUUCCAUACACCACAAUCAGUGUCUGUCUGUGUCCUUGAACAAACAAAACUUACUGUUUUCAACUUUACGGUAUUAUCUUUGCAUUCAGUUUUUAAAUGCCUUUGCCAAGCCUUUGUUGUAGGAUGUAGAAUAAGUUUUGAGUUAAAUAUUGAUUGCUUAAAAAUAACUGGGUCUAAUUACUUUUGCAAUAUAGCAUUGUUUAGCAAUAUGAGUGACUUAUGAAUGCAAAGUAAGCCAAGAACUCCAGUUAAAAUUAAAAAUUCAGAGUAGGAAUAUAUUUACAAAAUUAAGCAUGGUAACUGUAGUGUAUUAUGAAAAAAAAAACUACUCAUGAAAGUUGAAAGUAAGAUUAAUUAUGAUCACAGAAUAAUGUACCAUACAACUUACUAGCUAAACUAUUUCAUGGUGAUUAAGUGAUGCUAAUUAUUCUUUUCUGUCAUUAGCUAGAGAUUGAUUAGUAUAUCACAUAUAACCUGCAUUUUGAUUAAUUAUAUCUUGCAUUUUUUAACACCAAAUAUGUAACUCUGAUGGUAGGAUAUUAAAAUUCCAAUCUCUUUUCAGAAUGUUUGAAUUUUUUGUAUGACACUACCUCUGCUUCAAAAAUAAAUAAAUAAAAAUGUUUGAAAACAUG